AUAUGGCUCCUGAAAUAUUAAGAAAUAAACCCUAUACUCCAGCAAGUGAUAUUUAUAGUCUUUCAAUAAUAAUGUGGGAAUUUACAUCUGGUACUCCUCCAUUUUAUCAUGAAGCACAUGAUCAUCACCUUAGCUUGAAUAUUUGUAGGGGGAAACGUCCUGAAAUUAUAAAAAAUACUCCAAAAUGUUAUAUGGAUUUAAUGAAAAAAUGUUGGGAUUCAGAUCCUUCUAAUAGACCAACUAUAAGAAUGCUUGAAUAUAUUGUAUCUGAAUGGAUUAGAUGUAUUAAUGAAUAUUAUGAAAUAAACAGGGAUGGAGAUUAUAAAUAUUUAGUACCUAAUAUUGAUAAUCAAUUAAAAGAUGAUAUGCUUGAAUUUGUAAAAGCAGACAAAACUUUAGUACAAGAACAAGCAAAUACUUCUAUUAUGCAAUCUCAUCCACAAGCAUAUUAUAGAAGUCGCAAAUUUACUGAAAUUUUAGCUCAAGAAAAAUCUGAAAUCGUAGUUCAAGAAAAUUCUGAGUGUUUUGAAUGUAUAAUUGAAAAUCAAUGAUAUUAUGUAAUUUACAAUUUU